AUGGCCAUGGCUAUGUGGAGAAAGAAGGAGGCGGCCGGAGCCAGCGGCGGCGCCGCCCCGGCAUGCGUUGUUCGCUCCGCCGGCGAGGGCGGGGGCAAGAUCCCGAAGGGCUACGUCCCGAUGGUCCUCGUCGGCGACGAGGGAGAAAGGGAGGAAAGGGUGCUGGUUCACGUCGGGAUGCUCACGGAGCCGCGCGUCCUGGCUCUGCUGGAGAUGUCCGCGCAGCGGUUCGGGUACGGCCAGCGGGGCGUCCUGAGGAUCCCGUGCGGCGUGGAGCGGUUCGAGCAGACGGUCCGUGGCCACCGGCGGGAGACGCAGGAGCCUGCGUGCGCGGCAGCACACUAG